ACAAGGCCUGCUCCAAAAGGUCAAAUGGCACUUCCAUCACUGUGUAAGGUUUGUUAUGCUCCGUACUAUGUGCGUUUACGUCCGUCAGUCGGCCAAGAGAUUGACGCUGCGUCGCACGUCAGGGUAGCAACUUUUCGUGCGUACAAUACGCCUGCUACUGAUUUGUCGUUGUUCUCAACUGCGGAUGUUCGAUAACUGGGACUUAGAACUUUGCAGAACCCCCUCGAAACCGUUGUUUAAAGCCUGUCCCUGCGUCAACUCACUCUUCGUUUUCGACGUGUUUCGACCCAUUCACCACUCUGACUUCACCUAUAUAUUAUAUAUGACGAAGUAGAGGUCCAUCGGUAGAACAACGGAAACUUUAUUUUCGACGUUUCAACCGGAGUCUGGUCUUCGUCAGGAAUGGGUAACAACGAAAGGUUUGGUCAUACUUAUGCAAAAUUACGGUGCAAGUCCAUUUUUCACGGCGUCUGGAGCGAUGGUAAGAAGUCGUUACAAAGAUGUCCGGGUGCGCUAGGUAAACUAGGCUUCCGAGAAAAUGAACCGACCCACAACAAUUAUCUGUAAGCUGCCUUGUCAUUGGUCAUUUAGAUAUCGUCUUCAUUUUAGUUUUACUGGAAGCAACCAAUGUUUCCCUUUUUAAUGCCCGCACGUCCGGAAUUUUCCGCCGCUGUUGAUUAUCUUUGGCGUCUGGCAGAAAUAUCGUUUUCGUCUCAAGUGCUAAUGCUGAAACCUAGUUGGAUUAGUGUCCUGCGCCGCUGAGCUGUUCUGAUACGGUGCAAUAAGUAUUAACUAGCCAUGCUUUACUUUCUCAAGAGGUCUCACAAGGAAGCACUAAAGAGUGUCGACAAGAGCAAGACGAAUGUCGACGGGGUAAAACGGAAAGCCGCGGCACCCAAGGAAAGACCCGAAUGUAGCACAGGGCCUCCACAACAUAGAAUAACAGCAGCCCAGCCAUCAGUGGCAGACUACAUCAGGAGCUCGAAGCCUCCGUUCGGCCAGACUCAAGAUUCAAUCUCCUGCAAAGGGGCAGCGAAAGCGGUUUUUCAUGCUGUAAACCUGCAGCGCCGAAUGCGUGACGGUGCAGCCCUGCAGGUGGCUGAAGUGAGCAGCUCGAAGAGGGUACUGACUCCUGACAAGCUGGCAGCCGUGGGCACAGUUUGUCAUGGGCGCCCCUCCCCCCGAACCGAAAUCCUGGAUGCCUUCGACAUGUACAUCGGGCAAGCACCCUUUGAUGUAUCGCCUGGAUACGGGAGGGCCUCAUUAACAAGUAUAUCGCGGAGUAACUUCAAGAUAUCGAUAGGGAGCUGCAGUUUUAAGCUACUUCUGGGAACUGACUCAGUUUUUCUGCAGAUGUGAUGACGGUGCUGGGUUAUUUGCUUUUGUCAUGCACGUAAUAUAUCUGUUUCGUCAACUGUA